AUGCGGCACCACGCAUCAUCGCGCUACCUUGCGCUUUUGGGGGUUGCUGUCCGUUUUGUAGCCGCCGCUACUACCGUCACCUCCACGGCUCUCAUCAUCGCCGCCAACGACGCUGAUGUCGCAAAAGCAAGCCUUGGCCUGGACGCGUAUGGAAUCCCUUGGACCAAGGCACUUAUUCCCCAGGCCGGCGGAUCGCUGCCCGCCCUGAACUCGACCGCCACCAAUGGCAACUAUGGUAGCAUCGUCGUUUUGGACAGCGUUGCCUACGACUACAACGGAACGUACCGCAGCGCCCUGACGACGGAUCAAUGGAACCAGCUCUACAGUUAUCAGUCGGCCUUUCAUGUGCGCAUGGUUCGACUCGAGGAGUUUCCUGGCCCGGAAUUCGGCACCACGGCUCUCGGGUCAUGCUGCAACAACAACCAAGAGCAGCUUGUCAGCCUCAACAGCAGCACUCCCUUUCCGGGCGCAAAUCUCAAGACUGGCGCGACUGUAAGCACCGUCGGCCUCUGGCACUAUCCAGCCCAGAUAACCGAUUCAAGCAUCGCCACGGCGUUUGCUGUCUUUGCACCUGCUACUGGAUUCUCCACGGAAUCUGUUGCGGCCGUCAUCAACAACAUCAGCGGCCGUGAACAGAUGGUGUGGUUCCUUGACUUUGCCCCCGACUGGUCUGCAACGUCUAGCUUCCUGCAGCAUACGUAUAUCCAUUGGAUGACGCGCAGUUUGUUUGUUGGUAAACGAAAGGUGUAUCUAAACACCCAAGUAGACGACAUCCAUCUCGAGACAGACAUGUAUCUGCCCGCCAACACGACGUUCAAGCUUCGACCGGGAGACCUAGACGCCCACGUCACUUGGCAGAAGAGCAUAAACAGCCGUCUACCCGCUGGCUCCGAUUACCGAAUGGAGCUUGGUCACAAUGGCAAUGGCGAUAUCGACUCGUCUAUCGACGAGGAUACCUCCACCCCGAGAAAGUGCAACCCCAACCAAGCCGUCGAUUAUGUGCAGCCACCCGACCCCCCUCUCGAGUUUGUCAAGCCCCCUGGUACGGGGGUCGAUCUGUGGCCCUCGCGCUUUGUAACAUAUACUUGGUCCAAGGCUUGCGCUAGCAUAGAUCCCUUGGCUGCAUGGUUUCUGACCGCAGCAAAUCUCAAUUCAUUUGCCCACGUUUCUCAUACCUUCUCCCACGAGGAACUAGACAACUCGACCUACCACGACGCCACCCGCGAGAUCUCAUUCAACCAAGCCUGGCUAGCCCAGAUGGGCAUCUCACAGGCACAGAGAUUCUCGCCCCAAGGCCUGAUCCCCCCGGCAAUUACUGGCCUACACAACGCAGACGCCAUCAAGGCAUGGACAGACAACGGUAUCAAGUACGCCGUGGGUGAUAAUACCCGACCCAUCCUGGUAAAUCAGCAGAACCAGUACUGGCCACUUGCUUCUACCGUAGCCGUCAACGGCGCCACGGGCAUCUGGAUCAUUCCCCGUUGGGCCACCACCAUCUACUACAACUGCGAUACAUCCGAUUGUACCCUGCAGGAGUGGAAAGAUACCUCAGCGGGUUCCGGUACCUUUAGCAACUUGCUUGACAACGCCCGCACAACCAAUAGCCGCUAUCUCCUACGUCUCCAGGCCGACCCGUACAUGUUCCACCAAGCAAAUCUACGUCAGACCGAUAUGCCGUCCAUCACUGUGGGAUCACAGACUGGUAAAAUGUCCCUGAUCAUGUCGUGGGUGGAAACGGUGGCCCAGGAGAUGGUCCGUCUGACCAACUGGCCCAUAACCUCGCUCAAGCACGACGACAUUGCGACGUACUUUAUCAAUCGCAUGACCCUGGAUGCAUGCCAGCCGCAUGCGAGCUACACGUAUUCCGCGGACGGUACUUCCAUCACGGCCAUCACUGUCUCCGCUAAUAAUGCGGCCUGCAGCGUUCCUGUUCCGGUAACCAUCCCAAGCGGUACCGUCUCCGCUAGUGGCGGCUCUCCAAAGAGCGAUAAUUUGGGAAAUGAGCCUCCAAUUGUUUGGGUUACGUUGUCGGGGUCGCCGGUGACGCUGACCUUGAGCACCCCGGUUAAGCUGGGAUAA